AUGGAUAAGAAGAUUUCGUUUACCGAUGAUCUUUCUGAUGGAACGAUCUCAGCGCUUCUCCAGAAGCAGAACAAUGUGGUGCAGUCUUCCGGGAUCGUGAUUGGUAGUGGUAUAUCAGGUCUCGCUGCUGCUAGGAACCUCUAUGAAGCUUCUACUAACGUGACUGUUCUCGAAUCACGCGAUAGGAUUGGUGGUCGAUCCACACUGAUUACUCCUUUGGUUGUCCUGUUACAUGGAGUCUCCAAUGACAACCCCUUGGCUCCUAUUAUACGCCGUCUAGGGGUCACUCUAUACCGAACUAGCGGGGAACACUCCAUCUUGUUUGAUCAUGAUCUCGAAAGUUAUGGACUCUAUGACAUGCACAGGAAUAAAAUUCCGCCGCAGUUUGUCACUCAAGUUGGAGAUGCAUUCAAGAGAAUUCUCCAAGAGGGAAAGAUUCCACUGAUAGGCUGUGGUGGUGUUAGAAGUGGUAAGGAUGCUUACAAGAAGAUAAGAACCGGGGCUACUCUUGUUCAGCUGUACAUUGGGUUUGCGUAUGGUGGACCUGCUCUCAUCCCACAAUCAAGAAGAUAA